GUUGGUCCUGCGCUUCAGCUCCGAGCGUUUCGCCGCGCAGCUUGAGCGCUGGGACCGCGGUGGCGAGCAGGCCCCACCGGCGGCAUCAUCGCCCUCCUCCACCUCCACCCCCAGCAACAGCCGCCCCGAGCUGCGCAUCCCCCUGGCCAGCGAGGUGGAUGUCCCCAGCGCGCGUGCAGCCAUCCGCUUCGCCUACACGGGGCAGGUGCAGGCGGGCAGCGUGCGGGAGGUGCUGGAGGUGCGGCGCCAGGCGGCAUACCUGCAGAUCGAGGGCUGCGCUGAGGCGUGCGAUGAAGUCCUCCGGGGCAUGAUGGCCGCAGCCGCGUCACAGGGCGACGGGGACGGUGGUGGCGGUGCGGGGGCGCCGCCAGGCGUGCGGCCGGCUGCUUUGGAGUUCUACACGCAUGGGGCCCUGUGGCCUGACCCCGCUGUCGACAAGCAUCCCAGCUUUAUUGCUGUCAUCGCGGCUGCUAAACAACAGGUUGUGUCGUACUUUGGCAACACGCUGCGUGUGCUCAACACGCCCUCCCUCCGCCAGCAGCUGCUGGAUCUGCCGGCAGUGGCCGUGGAGGCGCUGCUCGAGUCGGACAGCUUCGGCACCGACAGUGAGUCCAGCGUGCUGCUGAUGCUGGCGACCUGGAUGCAGGCCAACUACGGCAAGACGGACGCGGGGACACGCAAGCGGCUGGGCCGGCAGGUGCGGCUGGUGCAGCUGAGCAAGCCCUACCUCAGCUACGUGCUGCCGUUGCUCGCUGCCGAUUAUGAGGUGUCACCGAAUACGCCGGCCGGCUGGUUCCCCGUAACUGUGUCCGAAGCCGCCUUCAUAGCCAGUUUUGCUGGCGCCUCUGAAAAGGAACAGCGCAGUCUGCUAGACGACGCAGAGCUCCUCUCCAAAUCCAACAUCCACUCAGCGGCCUACAGCACAGCACCCCGCACGCAAUGCGUGCCCGAGGACGGCAUCGGCUUUGCUGCGCACAUUCCCCAGCGGGAGUUAGAGGAGGAGCUGGCAGGCCUGCAGCCCGGAGGAAUGGCACUACUCCUCUGGACCAUGGAGCAGCAGCAAUUUAUGUUUGCGCAGGGCUUAAUGUGCGUGGUGUCCAUAGGCUGGUGCCACGGCGGCUUAUCCGCUGAUGUAUGGAUGUACUGCUUCCAGCCUGCUGCUUACAUAACCCUUAGCCCACGCCGCUUCAGUGACCAUGCUGUGCCAGUGCUGGUCAGCAUAGGCCGUCGACUGGCCAUUAACCGUUGGCACAACGGCACUCGGGCAGACUCAAUAGUCCUGCGUGGUGGCAAGGAGGAACCUGUGCACAUGAAGAGAGGAUGGGGACAUCGAUUGGUACUCCCCCUAAGGCGGCCGAAGCGGGGCGCGGAAGCAGGUCGCGGCGGCGGCGGCGGUGGUAGUCUGGGGGCGGGCGGUAACCGGCAGGCGCUGGCAGCCUGGGAGGAGUACCUGCACGAGGGCAAGAUCACCUGCAGCCUGACGCUGCUGCCCACGUGAGCGUGCGGUGUACGGCUGGGGGGCGGUAGCAGGACAGGAAGGAUUGUUUUUGGAUGGAGGGGUAGGGUGCAGGUCACAUGCAUGCCUUAGGGCAGGGGCUGGUGCUGACGAGCUUCCUUGUCCACAUGCAUGCCGCGACGUAGGGCCGGAGAAGGAAACCACGUUGCAUUGUGCUUUAGGAUGAGAAAGGGCUACGAAUGCUGACCUUUUUAGGGUGAAGGAACAAACGUUGGUGGCAAAGGCUCGUUCGUGCGCAGAAGGAGUUCAACCGGUGUAGCUGGUACGACACUGUCAUGCCCCUCUUGGGGGCAGCUCGCCGUCUUUUGCGGCAUCUGCAAUUGCAUGUGCAUCUUUGAAUGCCUUAUCGCCAUCUUGCAAGGGAACAUGGUAGGAUAGGUACCCGCCCGCUCGUCUCCCCAUCCUACCACGCGUCUGGCAGUAGCCGGGCGGGUGGCGGGUGCGAAGGUGCGGUCGCUGGCGCAGGCUGCGGUGCCUCGCUCAUGUGCCCCAUGCCUACGUGUGGCAGCGGGAGGGCCGCAUGGGCAUUUGGUGGGGCUGGAUACCGUGCAGGGAAUAAUGGCCUUCGUGGCUGGUAGUAGCAGUAGGAGUAACGUGUUUGUGACCCACGGGUCAGUUCUUCGGUUGCGAGUUAGCUUAGGUCGUUUGCUGGUGUUUGGCCGUAGCAUAAGACAGAGAGGAGUAGAAGGAUCGUUUCUCUACGGACAAUUGUUUCUGGGUUUGUAAGGACGUUUGCGGCAAGUUGACAAUAAAGCUGAGCUAGGUAAUGCUGUACACAUGACGUUUUCCGUAGCGCGUGCCAGUGUUCACCAAAGCAUGCUUUGCUAGCAAUCAUACGUGUUCAGUCGCCAGGGCUGUUUCUGUUGUUCCGGUUGCCUCUGCCAAUUACCUCAUUUGACAACAUUUGGCGUUUGCUUUUGGGGCUCCUUUGUCGUUGUAUCAGCCAUGCCUGACGCUCUGUUGCCAAACACUGCUUUGCGGCUUCAAACUUGUGGGGAGUGAGUGUCAAGGCCGAACUGCUAGGUCAGGUCUGUGUCCCCAUCCAUUCGGGAUCAUGCUGCCUUGCGUCCGUAAUAGUGGAGCAGCGCACCGCAUGCUUGCUCCGCUCGGCUCGGAUCGGUGCGCGGCUCGGUGUUGGUAUCUUGUGUAUGUUUUGAGGUGAUGAGGCGACACUAGGGUACAUGUUCCCGCCUCAUGAAGCCUGUCCGUCCUUCAUAACAUCAUAAGAAGUA